UCUGCGCAGCUGAGCGCUCACAGCACGACCACCGCACAAACCGACAAACUUCGGAUAAACUUUCACUAACUUUGUUUCCGUCUGUCCAAUCCUCCAAAUGUGUCUCUCUUCUCUAUUAGAAGCGGGCGCCGGUGGCUUCGGUUGAUAGAAACGAUCGCUGAAAUCUUUGCCACUUUUUUUUUCUGCCUUCUUCUAUCGUUGGGGUCAGUAACCUGUGGAGAGAGCAAUUUACCGAAAACUUUCUGUAGUGGCGUUUAAACAGUAUUGUCGCCUGUCUAAGAGGCAAAAGUGUGUUUUUAAAAAAUAUAUAUUUUCGAAGCAGAGAAAAAACAACUAUUUGUCACUAACGGGGAAGUUCAGGUCUCCACCUGCUGCGAGAUAAGACAGGCAAAAGUGACUGCCAAGGGCACAGACCACCUGCCCUGAGGAGUCAAGGAGAGAAGGAAGGAAGGAAGAACGAGAGGAAGGAAGGAGACAGAUCAUCUAUUGUUGCCCUCUGACCCAUACUGUAUGCAGAUGUAUGCUGAGAAAGUUGUGACAGAGGGGAAGAUGGGGAACAGGGGAAUCUCUCUGACCUGUGUGUUGACGCCCUGCCGUGUGAUUGGGGUGUGUGUGAUGCUGAUGACCUUGGGAGCCAUCGGAGCAGCCGUCUGGGCCGUAGGUCAGACCACGGGCUUUCACUCAGACACACAUUAUUGGCCAACAUGUGGUGACCAUAAUCUUGUUGUUUUUUAUUUCAAGUUACGUAUUGCACAAUGGAGGAAGACACAGGACUGUAUGAUGUCCAGGUAAAUUCUGCUGACCAACAUCUCAGAGUCUUUGACUCUGCCCAGAGGAGAUGGCGCCAGGUGUGUUCCUCCUCAGCCAAUGAACUGCUAGCUAGCAUCAGCUGUGAAGAAGUGGGCUUUGUCAGUGUGGUGAAUUACUCAGUCACAUCAGUGCCAGAGGCCAGUGCAGAUGGUGGGGAGUUCUUCUGUGUCCGACAGGAGGAGCUCAGCUUCGGCAAGAAAAUCAAAGACUCGUUGUUCCCAUGUGACUGUGAGAGCAGGGAGGUUCUCACACUGUUGUGCCAAGACUGUGGCAGGCGUAGUUUUGCAGCAGACCGUAUAGUUGGUGGUGUGGAUGCCAGGCAGGGCAGUUGGCCUUGGCAGGUCAGCUUGCAGUACGACGGAGUUCAUCAGUGUGGGGGAUCCAUCAUCUCGAACCGAUGGAUUGUCUCAGCAGCUCACUGCUUCCCCGAGCGGUAUCGCUUUGUUAACCGCUGGCGUGUUCUCCUGGGCUCCAUCUAUAAUAAACCAGUCAACGCCAACGUGGCGGAGGUGAAGACCAUCGUUUACCACAGCAGCUACCUGCCCUUUGUAGAUGCUAACAUCGAUGACAACAGCAGGGACAUCGCUGUUCUGGCUCUCGCCCAGCCCCUCACUUUCAAUGAAUACAUCCAGCCCAUUUGCCUGCCAGCAUACGGUCAAAGACUAAUAGAUGGACAGAUGGGAACAGUAACAGGCUGGGGAAAUGUAGGAUACUAUGGUCAUCUAGCAGAUAUUCUCCAGGAAGCGAACGUCCCCAUCAUCAGUGACAAUGUCUGUAAUGCCCCUGAUUACUAUGACAACCAGAUCACCACCAGUAUGUUUUGUGCUGGUUAUGAGAAAGGAGGCACUGAUGCCUGCCAGGGAGACAGCGGCGGCCCUUUUGUGGCAGAUGACUGUCUGUCUAAGACCAGUCGGUAUCGUCUGCUGGGGGUGGUGAGCUGGGGAACAGGCUGUGCCAUGGCCAAGAAACCUGGCGUCUACACCAGAGUCUCUCGAUUUCUGCCAUGGAUAUCUACGGCCAUGAGGAACUAUCACAACUCACCGGGGGUUCACAAAUUGGCCCGGACAUGAGAUUCCUACUCCCAUGUUUCUAUUUUUUCUACUCUUGGAUGACAACAUUAAAAUAACUCGUAGAUGUCAACGGGGACUGUACACUUUCAUAGUGAGCAUUUAACCAGUUCCUGAAUCAAUUGGCUCUUAAAAGCCUGUAUCUUUGCGGUGACAGACAGAGAUAUAAAGUGUUAAACUCAUCAGCAUCAAAGGUCGACUUACUUAUUAUUGUGAUGUUAAAUAUUGAUAAAAGGGCAAAAGUGAAAUAAUAUUAGAAUUACCAUACUGGAAUUAACAUGCCAGUUCUGUAAAAUAAAAUAAGAUGAUGAGAUAACUGUCUUUUUUAGCUGCAUACUUUUCACUAGAACUCAUGUUAGAAAUAACCAUUAUGACUAAUGAGCUCACCAGCAUUCAGACUUGUAAAGGCUCAGGUUCAUCUUAAGCAUUGUAGGUGUAAUUGCUGAAUGAUUGAUACAGUAAGAGACUUAAAUCCCUUACGUGGUUUUAUCUUGUUCUACAUGAGUCACUGUCUUCAGUGCCAGCAGACUGCGCCCUCGAUUUGUAAUAAAGAUCAGUAAAGAUCUUGUGCAAACUCUCUUUCACAUUGUGCAACACUAAGACGCAAGCAGACACACACACACGUAUGUAUUUUUAUAUGCAGCAGCCUGAGUUUUGUAUGAAAAAUAAUUAUUCAAAUUUCCACAUGAACUGGUGAAGAUGCUUAAAUUGAAAUCAGUAUUUGGUUGUUGUCUUGUAAAUAUUAGUCAAUGUUUUUGUUUAUGUAGAUGUUUUUUGAGACAUGUUACUGAUGUUCAUGAUACUGAUGUUCAUGAUCCACAGAUCUUAAAGCCAAGAGUGCAAUAACAAGUUAAAUCACUUUCUCAGAAUAUCCUUUUCUGCAGCAUAUUGAUGACCAGAUUUCAAAUGGUAAUGAUGUGUCAGCACAUUAACUGCGAUAAAUGGGUACUUGUUAUUUACUAAAAUGUCCUACAGUCAUAUUUAACAUAAACCACAAAAACAACAUUUGAGGAAAUGUGCUAGGAUUUGAUUUGUCAGGAGAGAAAUAAGUCGCUAUACUACUGUACAUUUGUUUUAAAAGUGAGUGAACUUUUACAUUAAAACAAAGAAGGACAGACAGGAUCCACACACUGGAUUCAAGCUCUCAAAACUUUACUGGUCUGUAGAAAGGAAGUGUUUUGACCCAAUCUGGCCUUCAGGCAACUGGCCAAAGAUCAGGUGUACUGUACGUUGGCACAAAAAUGACUGCACCCUGCUGACAUCAUGAGCAAACACAAAAUAAACGACAAUAUUUUACAAUAUGUCAAGAUACAUUAUUAAAAAAUAUAAUGUAGAAAGUUAUUACUGUAGAUACAUAUAUACUGUAUACUGCACCUGGCCUUAAUAAAGGAUGGGAUGUGAACACAACUAACUUUCUGCAAAAUAGACUUUAAUCCCUUCUGGCACUGAUUUUUAGCUCCUGACUAAACACAAUGUCAUUUGCAUUCAUAAAGUCCUACAUCUCACCACCAGUCCCCCCUUUGAAAUCAAAUAAAUGUAUGAACAUUUAGAGCAAUUAUGUUUAGAAGAGAUAUAAAUAUUAAAAAUGUAAAUUGUUGCAUUGUAUUGAAAUAAAGCCUUGAUUA